AUGUCCAACGACUUCAAACCUACCAACGUCCUCAUAAUAGGCGGUACCGGCACCAUCGGCGCCUACAUCACCUCUUCCCUCCUCUCCGCCGCCACUCCCAAACCCUACACCACUCUCUCCCUCUUCACCCGUCCCGGCUGGGACUCCGACCCCUCCUCCCAAAAGACCCAACUCAUCAAGCACUGGCAAUCCCAAGGCCUCAAUAUCGUAACCGGCGACGUCGAAUCCCUCGACCAAGCGGGUUUCACCAAGGUUUUCGAAGACGGCAAAUUUGACACCGUCAUCUCCUGCCUAGGCCGCGCCACGCUCAAAUACCAACCCAAAAUCAUCGACGCGGCUGAGCACUCACAAAGCGUGCAGUGGUUCUUGCCGUCCGAGUUUGGCACGGAUGUGGCGCAUAAUGAGAAGAGUGCCCAGGAGCCGACGCACGUGGGCAAGUUGGCGCUGAGGAAACACAUCAGGGAGAAGAUUCAGCGGUUGAAGGUCACGUAUGUGGUUACUGGGCCGUACUUUGACAUGUGGCUUUAUCCCACGCCUGGCUAUGAGCAGGCUGGCGGGUUUGUGCCGGCGGAGAAGAAGGCGUACAUCAUUGGUGAUGGUGAGGGCAAGGUUGGGUUUUGUACCAUGUGGGACGUCGGCAAAUUCGUCACCGCCACCCUCCGCCACCCCGCCCAAUCCUUCGGCAAAGCCCUCAAAGUCCAGUCCUUCAUUGUAACCCCCAAUGAAGUCCUCUCGGAAUUCCAGAAGCAGACCGGCUCCGAUUUCGAGGUCAGCAAGACCCCGCUCCCUGAGAUUGAAUCGCUCGAGGACGUCCUCUGGGACAAGAAGAGCGCCAACCCGCAGCCCAAUCCCUUGGCUACUCUCGUCACGCUGCGUAGGAUCUGGGCUCGGGGCGGCACGCUGUACGAGAAGAAUGAUAAUGAGGUAUUGGAAGUCAGCCAGGAGGAUUUGGAUACGUUGGAGGAAGGGGUGAGGAGGUAUUUGGCUGGUGGAUAUAGGGGGGAGACGUUUGGAGUAAAGGCGUGA